UCACGUAGGGCACCAUGGCCUCACGGGCCAUCUCCAUGGCCGGCUUCCUCCUCCUAACCGGGAACUCGAUGGCGUCGAUCCACAGGUCGCGGGGAGACGUCGCCGCGGUAUCCUUCAUCGUCGCCUCCUACGCCGGCCUUCUCGUACUGUUCUACUGCCUGCGGUGGUUCGAGGCGGCGCCGCCCGAUUCGACCGCCAAGGGCCGGGCGAGGGUCGGCGUCUGGCUCGCCACGACGCUGCUCACGGCCAUGUUCUCUUGGAGGGUCGCCGCGCUCAUGCCGGGGCUCAUGGCCGCCGCUGUUUUGUUGAUGGCUGUGGGCACGAUGGUCGGGGGUUUCUACGCACUGUUUAUUCUUCCUCCCACUGGCGACUGAAAAAGUAGUACAGUAGUGAUCACUUGAUGACCAUCGUUGAAAUCAUCUAAGGUAGCUAUAAUGAAUUUUUCAUGUGUAUGUACAUAAUUUAUACACAUUUGAUUGGUGUGUCACUGUGAAUGUAAUUACUAGUGUGAAGAUAAAGAAAAAAAUUGGGAAAAACCCCAGCCAG